AUGGCAUACACAAACGAAGAAUAUUACAUGUUGAUGGCACUUGGCGAGUGCCACGGACAGUACCACGUAGCUGCAAGACGAUACGCCGAAUUGUACCCGAACCGAGCAAGACAUCCAUCGCCUCGUGUCAUACUUGGAGCGGCACAAAGAUUGUACGAGACCGGCAGUGUCCUUACGAACAAACACGACACUGGAAGAAAUCGGGAAGCAAGAAAUUUACGAAAUGUGGAGAACGUAGUACGUUCUUUCGAAGAUAAUCCUGAAAAGAGUAUUCGAGUUGUUGCUCGAGAACAGGAUUUAUCCUAUGCAACUGUGCAGAGGAUAUUGAAGGAAGAAAAGUUGCACGCAUUUCACUACACAUGCGUGCAACAUUUGCGAUCAGAAGAUUAUGAAAGAAGAAAAACGUUCUGCGAAAAUUUUCUAAGAGAAGUAGAUCGAGAUCCCAGAUUUCCUUCUCAUGUCAUAUUCAGCGAUGAAUCGCUAUUUACACGAGAAGGAAUUUAUAAUUCCCACAACAUGCAUUUUUGGAGCGACGAAAAUCCCAGAGUCACGCGACUCAGAAACUUGCAAACUCGUUGGAAGAUAAAUGUGUGGGCUGGCAUAAUGGGAACACAAAUACAUGGUCCAAUUAUUCUUCCGCAACAAACAUUAACUGGUCAAACAUACGUCGAGCUUCUAAGAGAGAACUUUCCAGAUUUUUUAGAAGAUGUACCAUUGUUGGAAAGAAAUAAAAUUAUUUUUCAACAAGACGGUGCUGGGCCACACAACGCAAGAAUUGUAACAAAUUAUUUAAAUGAUCAGUUUCCUGGACGCUGGAUGGGUCAGUAUGGCCCGAUACGUUGGCCCGCAAGAUCUCUGGAUCUCAACCCUCUCGAUUUUUUCUUGUGGGGCUAUUGUAAAGAAGUAAUUUAUAAAACGCUUCCCGAAGAUGUCGACGAUGUGGAAACAAGACUUCGACAUGCCAUUUGGGACAUCGGAGAAGAUGUAAUGCAGAACGUGGAAAGAAAUUUAUUAAAACGCAUGAGAGCUUGCGUUAGGAUGAAUGGUGGUCAUUUUGAGCACUUACUAUGA